GAUGGACUGGCAAAUCCAUACCCAUCGCAACCUCUGUUAGUGUGAGCUCUGUGUUGUACUAUCUAGCUUUUUGUUUGUAAAAGUUCAUAAUUCUGGCUAAAAUAUACUUCCCACUUGUCGCCAAAUAUCAUAGACGCGAUUGCUUUGUGUCUAAAUCCGAUAAAAUAUAUCUGAAAAAUAUUUUCGGGUAUUUUUGUAUGUACCACAAGUCAUAUACUUAGUUCAUUUAAAUUCUUUAUACGGAAAUCAAUCAAGAUGCCUAAUAUAUCUGCAAUCAAAGGAAGCAGUGGAUUCACCGAGUUCGGGAAAUUCAAGGGUUUGGCAAGCUGCAAUGUGGAAUUUUUGAAUCAAGUGAGGGGACUGAGCGCUCUGAAUGGAGAUUUGAGAGAUCUCCCUCCAAAGUUGAAAUCUUACGUGGAAGAAAAUGUUAGACUUUGCCAGCCAGAAACAAUCCACAUUUGCGAUGGAACAGAUGUUGAAAACAGCAAACUGCUCAAGCUCAUGCAACAACAAGGGACCAUCGUUCCCCUCCCCAAAUACGAAAACUGUUGGCUUGCAAGGACGAAUCCAGCUGACACUGCCAGAGUUGAAUCUAAGACUUUCAUCUGCACCGAUACGAAAUCAGAAACGAUUCCUUCACCAAAAGCUGGCGUGAAAGGAGCUCUAGGAAACUGGAUGUCUCCACAUGACAUGGAUAAGGCAAUCAAUGAGCGUUUUACUGGGUGCAUGCGCGGUAGAACCAUGUACAUCGUGCCGUUUUCCAUGGGACCGGUUACUUCGCCUCUUUCCAAAAUAGGCAUCGAAAUAACCGACUCACCUUACGUCGUGGCUUCUAUGAGGAUAAUGACAAGAAUGGGCCUACCAGUCUUGGAGAAGCUUCUCAAGGGGGCGGAGUUCGUCAAAUGUUUGCACUCGGUCGGUACCCCGUCUAACGGUAUCAUCGAAAACCCUAGCUGGCCAUGCGAUCCAGAACGUACAAUUAUUUUGCACCGUCCCAAGAACAACGAAAUCGUUUCUUAUGGCAGCGGGUAUGGAGGAAACUCUCUAUUGGGAAAGAAAUGUUUCGCGCUUAGGAUUGGGUCUACUAUUGCCAGAAGAGAGGGCUGGCUUGCGGAGCACAUGUUGAUUUUGGGAAUAACCAGCCCCAGUGGAAAGAAAAGGUACAUCGCUGCUGCUUUUCCUUCAGCAUGCGGAAAAACGAAUCUAGCCAUGAUGACUCCUUCGUUACCAGGGUACAAAAUUGAAUGUGUCGGGGAUGACAUUGCAUGGAUGAGGUUCGACAAAAAUGGCGUUUUGAGGGCUAUCAACCCAGAAAAUGGAUUCUUUGGAGUUGCUCCAGGUACAUCCAGAAGCAGUAACCCAAUAGCGAUGGACACAAUCUUCAAGAACACCUUAUUCACAAACGUUGCAUCAACCAGUGACGGAGGAGUGUUCUGGGAAGGCAUGGAAAAAGAAGUCUCCAGUAAUAUGGAAAUAACUGAUUGGCGAGGUAACAAUUGGAAGAUGGGACAAAGCAAAACUCCUGCUGCACAUCCAAACUCAAGAUUCUGUACCCCAGCAAAACAAUGCCCCAUCAUAGACCCAGCUUGGGAGCAUCCCGAAGGAGUCCCAAUUUCAGCAAUAUUGUUUGGAGGGCGUAGACCAGCUGGUGUACCUCUUGUAUACGAAGCCAGGAACUGGAACCAUGGGGUUUUCAUCGGAGCUACGAUGAGAUCUGAAGCUACUGCAGCUGCAGAACAUAAGGGAAAAGUUGUGAUGCACGAUCCAUUCGCCAUGCGACCAUUCUUUGGGUACAACUUUGGUGACUACUUGAGCCACUGGCUUUCAAUGAAAGAACGAUCUGACAACUUACCAAAGAUAUUCCACGUGAACUGGUUCAGGAAGGACCCCAACGGAAAAUUCCUCUGGCCUGGAUUCGGAGAAAACUCCAGAGUCCUGGACUGGAUCUUGAGAAGACUGGAUAAUGAAGACUGCGCUAGAGAUACUCCCAUAGGAUUGAUUCCUAAGGAGAAUUCUCUGAACCUGGAGGGUAUUGAGGAGAAUAUUGACGUUAAGGAACUGUUCGAUCUACCCAAGCAGUUCUGGAUGGAGGAAGUUGAUAGUGUUGCCAAAUAUUUUGACGAGCAAGUCGGAGAUGAUUUGCCUAAAGAGAUUACGAAGCAGUUGAACGAACUGAAGAAGAAUGUUCAGAGCAUGAAAGAUUAGACUGAAGAUGGUGUAGAAGUAUUGAAACUAGCUCUACUUUUAGUUCCAUUUUUUACUUGUAAUUUUGAAUAUGUUAUUUUAAAUAUAGAUGCCAAA